AGGUGGGCGGGCCGCGGCCGGCUGGGCCCAGGAGGCGCUUCCGGGGCUGAGUGAGGGGACGCGGCUGAGCUGAGGAGAACAGAAGCAGCAGCAGCGCCAGCAGCAGCGAGGGAGGCCCGGCCGGGAGGAGAGGCGGAGCCGGAGGCCAGGCCGAGCGGGAUGUGGCCUUGGCUCCGCUGUGCCUGAUGUGUGUGGAGGGCGGCCGGAUUGGGACCGUCGAGACCCAAGGUGGUGAAGAAGGAGGGAGGAGGAGGAGGAGGAGGAGGCGGCGGCAGCGUCCACAGUCCUGAAGAUGCUGCAGCUGCGUUUUUCCAGGGGCCGGGUGGCCUUCCUGGCCCUCAAGCGGCUCUCGGCAUGUCCCGUCGCCUUGCAAAGCACCCAGCGAGUGGAAUACAAGCCCAUCAAGAAGGUGAUGGUGGCCAACAGAGGGGAGAUCGCCAUCCGCGUCUUCCGGGCCUGCACCGAGCUGGGCAUCCGGACGGUGGCCGUCUACUCCGAGCAGGACACGGGCCAGAUGCACCGGCAGAAGGCGGAUGAGGCUUACCUCAUUGGCCGGGGCCUGCCGCCCGUCCAGGCUUACCUGCACAUCCCGGACAUCAUCCAAGUGGCCAAGGAGAACGAGGUGGACGCUGUCCACCCUGGCUACGGCUUCCUCUCCGAGCGCUCGGACUUCGCCCAGGCCUGCCUCGAGGCCGGCGUGCGCUUCAUCGGCCCCACCCCAGAGGUGGUGCGCAAGAUGGGCGACAAGGUGGAAGCCCGGGCCAUCGCCAUCUCCGCAGGGGUGCCGGUCGUUCCCGGCACGGAGGCCCCCAUCUCCUCUCUCAGCGAGGCCCAGGAGUUCUCCAACAGCUACGGCUUCCCCAUCAUCUUCAAAGCUGCCUACGGCGGAGGAGGGCGAGGGAUGCGGGUCGUGCGCAGCUACGAGGAGCUGGAGGAGAACUACACCCGGGCGUUCUCAGAGGCCCUGUCUGCGUUUGGGAACGGAGCCCUCUUCGUGGAGAAGUUUGUGGAGAAGCCUCGGCACAUUGAAGUCCAGAUUCUGGGUGACAAGUACGGCAACGUGGUGCACCUGUACGAGCGGGACUGCUCCAUCCAGCGGCGGCACCAGAAGGUGGUGGAGAUCGCCCCGGCCGCCCACCUGGACACCCAGCUGCGCUCCAAGCUCACCAAUGAUGCUGUCAGGCUGGCCAAGCAGGUGGGCUAUGAAAACGCCGGCACGGUGGAGUUCCUGGUGGACAAGCAGGGCAAGCACUACUUCAUCGAGGUCAACUCGCGCCUGCAGGUGGAGCACACGGUGACGGAAGAGAUCACAGACGUUGACCUCGUCCACGCCCAGAUCCACAUCGCGGAGGGGAAGAGCCUGCCGGAGCUGGGCCUCAAGCAGGACAACGUGCGGAUCAACGGCUGCGCCAUCCAGUGCCGCGUCACCACCGAGGACCCUUCGCGGGGCUUCCAGCCCGACACGGGCCGCAUCGAGGUGUUCCGGAGCGGAGAGGGCAUGGGCAUCCGCCUGGACAGCGCCUCGGCCUACCAGGGGGCUCUCAUUUCCCCGCACUACGACUCCCUGCUGGUGAAGGUCAUCGCGCACGGGAAAGACCACCCGACGGCCGCCUCCAAGAUGGGCAGGGCCUUGGCAGAGUUCCGGAUCCGCGGCGUCAAGACCAACAUCCCCUUCCUGCAGAACGUGCUGGGCAACGACCAGUUCCUCCGGGGCACCGUGGACACCCAGUUCAUCGACGAGAACCCCGACCUUUUCAACCUCCGGCCCGCCCAGAACCGAGCCCAGAAGCUGCUGCACUACCUGGGCCACGUCAUGGUCAACGGCCCCAUGACGCCCAUCCCGGUGAACGCCCGGCCCUCCCCCAUCGACCCGGUUAUCCCGCCGGUUCCUCUGGGUCAGCCGCCAGCAGGUUUCCGGGACGUGCUUCUGCGCGAGGGGCCCACCGGCUUUGCCAAGGCCAUCCGCCAGCACCGAGGCCUGCUCCUGAUGGACACCACCUUCCGGGACGCGCACCAGUCCCUGCUGGCCACCCGCGUCCGCACCCACGACCUGAAGAAGAUCUCCCCCUUCGUGGCCCACCACUUCAGCAAGCUCUUCAGCAUCGAGAACUGGGGAGGCGCCACCUUUGACGUGGCGAUGCGCUUCCUCUACGAAUGCCCCUGGCGGCGGCUGCAGGAGCUGCGGGAGCUCAUCCCCAACGUCCCCUUCCAGAUGCUGCUGAGGGGGGCCAACGCCGUGGGCUACACCAACUACCCCGACAACUCCGUCUUCAAGUUCUGCCAAGUGGCCAAGGAGAACGGCAUGGACAUCUUCCGGGUCUUUGACUCCCUCAACUACCUGCCCAACAUGCUCUUGGGGAUGGAGGCGGCUGGGCAGGCCGGGGGCGUGGUGGAGGCGGCCAUCUCCUACACGGGGGACGUGGCGGACCCCAGCCGGACCAAGUACACGCUGGACUACUAUGUCCACCUGGCCGAGGAGCUGGUCAAAGCCGGGACCCACAUCUUGGCCAUCAAGGACAUGGCCGGCGUGCUGAAGCCGCAGGCCUCUUCCCUGCUGGUGGGGGCGCUGCGGGGGCGCUUCCCCAACCUCCCGCUCCACAUCCACACCCACGACACCUCGGGGGCCGGCGUGGCCUCCAUGCUGGCCUGCGCUGCUGCAGGGGCCGACAUCGUGGACGUCGCGGUGGACUCCAUGUCCGGGAUGACCUCCCAGCCCAGCAUGGGCGCGAUGGUGGCCUGCACCCGCGGGACCGAGCAGGACACAGGCAUCCAGAUGGAGAGAGUGUUUGACUACAGCGAGUACUGGGAGAUGGCUCGGGGCCUCUACGCCUCCUUCGACUGCACGGCCACCAUGAAAUCUGGCAACGCCGACGUGUAUGAGAACGAGAUCCCGGGGGGCCAGUACACCAACCUGCACUUCCAGGCCCACAGCAUGGGGCUGGGGAACAAGUUCAAGGAGGUGAAGAAGGCCUACGUGGAAGCCAACAAGCUGCUGGGGGACCUCAUCAAGGUGACCCCCUCCUCGAAGAUCGUGGGUGACCUGGCGCAGUUCAUGGUUCAGAACAACCUGGCGCGGGCGGACGUGGAGGCCCAGGCGGAGGAGCUCUCCUUCCCGCUCUCGGUGGUGGAGUUCCUGCAGGGCUACAUCGGCGUCCCCUACGGGGGCUUCCCGGAGCCCCUCCGGUCCAAGGUGCUGAAGGACCUGCCCCGCAUUGAGGGCCGCCCCGGGGCCUCCCUGCCCCCCCAGGACUUUGUGCAGCUGGAGAAGGAGCUCUGCCAGAAGCACGAGGAGGAGGAGAUCACCCCGGAGGACGUGCUUUCUGCCGCCAUGUACCCCAAGGUCUUUGACGAGUUCAAGGAGUUCACAGCCACCUUUGGGCCUGUCGAAUGCCUCAACACCCGCCUCUUCCUGGAGGGACCCAAGAUUGCAGAAGUCUUUGAGGUGGAGCUGGAGAGGGGCAAGACGCUCCACAUCAAGGCCUUGGCCCUGGGAGACCUGAACCGGGCCGGCCAGAGGGAAGUCUUCUUCGAACUCAACGGGCAGCUGCGCUCCAUCCUGGUCAAGGACACCAAGGCCAUGAAGGAAAUGCACUUCCACCCCAAAGCCCUGAAGGACCUCAAGGGCCAGAUCGGGGCCCCCAUGCCCGGGAAGGUGAUUGACAUCAAAGUGCAGGAAGGGGCCCCCAUUGAGAAGGGGCAGCCCCUCUGCGUCCUGAGUGCCAUGAAGAUGGAGACGGUGGUCAACUCCCCCCUGGCGGGCACCAUUAAGAAGAUCUACGUCAAGCCGGACAUGAGUUUGGAAGGAGACGACCUCAUCCUGGAGAUUGAAUAGGGCCCCCCCCACCCUGCAUAAGCUGCCCCCCCUGCCGCUGCCCCUGCCCCCCGCCCUGGUCUGCAGCCCUGCCGGCCCUCCAGACCUCUGGGCACAAGGCCCUUUGCCCCAGGGAGGGGCCGCUCUGGAGGGCAGCAGGAGUCGGGGAGGGACCCGGCCCCGGGCGGCUUCUGGGGGGUUCAGGGGCCGUUGUGCCUGCACAAGGGAGACGGAGGGAGCCGAGGAAAGGGGCCUGGGUGGGGAGGGGGUGGAUUCUGCCUGGCACGUGAGCCCCCCCCCGCCCCUGCUGCCCCAUGGACCAAUGGGGGGCGGCCCCCUCCUCUCUCUCUCUCUCUCCCUUCCUCCCCGGUCCCCAUUGCUGCCCCCUCUUGCUUCAUGCAACGGGCUCUCAGCUCCAGCACUGCCUUGCUGGGGGGGCCGGGGCUGGUGGUGGGGGGAGAUGGUGUCUUCCCUUCCUCCCUCCCUCUUUCCAGACUUCCUGCCUGACCUUACAGCCUUGUGGCUCUUGGGUCUCAGUUGCCAAAUCCUUUCUCCCAAGCCAGACGGGGCAUGUAAGUGGGGCCUGUCUGCUGAGUCUUCUCCCCCCCCCGCCCCGUUGCCCCCAUCCCAUCCACAGCUCGGACCCCCCUCUUCCAGGGGCAGGGCUGACAAUUUGAAACACACACACACACCCCGCCUCUCUCAGUGGUGGGGGCAGCCAGCCUGGGCGGCAGGGGGCGGCUUGGAUGGGGUGCAGUUUACACGGUUGUUCACCCAGAGCGGGGGGGGGGUAGGUGGGGGGCUAUGGUGUCCCCCCCCUUCAGCCCGCGGGUGAGGGAGCAAAGCCAGCGCAGGGCCUGCAAAGCGUCGUUGUGUCGAGACUCUCCAAAGGACCGGCCCGAGCCAGAUGGGACCCCUGCACCUGCGGGACCGGGAUGAGCCGACGAGGCGGCCGGGCGUCUGAUGUGGGACCCCUGGGAAUGCCGCUGGGCGCGGGGAGGCCCCAGUCCAAUGUCUCCGAGGGUCUCAUAAAGGAGGAGCGCUGCGCUCCGACGUCUGCCCCCCC